CGUCCCCCCACUCAGCGCGCGUCCGAAUUUUCUGCAUUCGGCCGGCGUGAAGAGUUUUCGGCGGUCGCAUUCGCGAGCGAGGCUCCCCACGGCUAGGAGCGAAGCGCGCACCGACAUACACGGGCUACGGACGGAGCGGCGCGAGCGCAAACGCGCCAUGCAAUAUGCGGAAGUGAUCGCGACCACGACCGAACGGUGCUAAACUAAACGAGUGUAACUCAAGUGUAGUGAACGCACAUUCAGUGAUACAAACUAUGGUAUUUGUGCAUAGCUCGAUAGAGAUCUAAUGGUUUUCUAAUAACGAAACAAGGACUGUGGACUUUGCGACAUGGAAUCAAGGGCAGGAAUAAGAGGCGGCCCGGGUAUGGACUCCCAGCAGCAACAGUACUGCCUAAAAUGGAACAGCUUCGGUUCAAACCUGGCCACUUCGUUUGCGAAUUUGUGGAAUUCAGAGAGCCUCGCCGAUGUCACUCUGUAUUGCGAAGGUCGCCAAUUCAAAGCUCAUAAGGUGAUCCUUGCAGCAUGCAGCAAACAUUUCCAAGAGUUAUUUGACUCAGCACCCCCAAGUCAUGUGGGCGCGUGCUACGUCAUUCUGGAAGCCACUACGGCUGAGAACAUGCAGGCUCUCCUCGAGUUCAUGUACAAAGGAGAGGUGCAUGUCAGUCAGGAUGCGCUUUCUAGCUUCCUCAAGAGUGGAGAGAAUUUGCAGGUCAAAGGCCUGUCGAUGGAGAUGUCUCAGGAUGCUUGGGUCAAGCAACAGACCCAGCAGAACUCUGGAGACCGCCAUCAGACUCGCAUAAAGACCAGUCCGGUGUCAGGGUCAGGCAACUGUGAGGUGCAGGAGUCAGCUGCUCCCUCCUCACACACAGCCACGUUUGCUCCGAUCAUGCCGCAGUAUGGUAUGCCGAUUCAUGGCAGCGGCACAAUGGGGCGGUAUGCCCCGCCGGCGCACUUGCCUAUCCACGCUGGUGGACACCGCAGACCAGCGCCACCCAAGCCGUCUCCGUCUCAAAGCCCACACGCAAGAAAUUACAGGCAAAGUUCAUCUUCUUCGCACUGCGGCAGCGUCGCUGACGAGCCCGAUACUCGUUCCUCGCCCGGCGCUGGUGCGCGCUACGAAGAGAACCCGCCUGACUGCACAUCGACCCACGGCAACCCCAUCAAGAACAACGGAUACGAACGCAGCGCUUCGGCCAACGACGACAUGCCUGAACGCUUAAACAAUGACCAAGGUGCUGAAGAUUUACGGAUAAAGAGUGAGAAUGACUACCAGCCGCCAGGAUUUAACAACUCUCCGCCACCGGCGACAUCGCUACCGAAUGCUAACUAUCACGAUAAGCCCAUGGAGACGUCGCCAGUGCCGCCCAAACCAUGCCCCGAUACCUGGCCCACCAAACUGCUCACAAGCAAGUCUGGUGGAAUCGCUACUGCUGACGGUAAAAAGCUGAAAUGCCCAUAUUGCGAGAGACUUUACGGAUACGAGACGAAUCUGCGCGCCCACAUCAGGCAACGGCACCAGGGCAUCCGGGUGCCGUGCCCCCACUGCUCGCGUACCUUCACACGCAACAACACCGUGCGGCGCCACAUUGCACGCGAGCAUCGCCAUCAGGUCACCCCUCACCUCCCCAACCAAGGCCCCCUCCAUAACCAUACGCAGUAAGAACCCACGAAGUUUUGUUCUCAAUCUUAUUUCAACCGAACUACCUCUGCUAUUUAGGACCGGCCCGGACGACUGUUUUAUCUACCUCUGAAUGCGUUACCAUAAACUGACGGCUAACGAUUGGAUUACGAAGACGGUAUCUAUGUUAUCAACUCAUGGUCGGCCGAGCCGUGUCUCAAACUGUGUAUAACACGCGUACAAUAAUAUACCUCGUUGAUGCAUAUUAUGUAAUCAGUAUCUACCUCAGAAUUUGAUCUUAAGAUUUUUUAAGGUUUUGAAAUUGUGCGAUAAUUGUUACUUAAUUUAAUAUUCAUGUGUGACUUUGAAUGGUUGCUCAGUACUCGUCUCUGUCUGGUACAUGUUUGUAAAAUGUCGUACCCUUUAUUGCACCCUCAUUUCGUUUAAGUACCUUUAAUAUUGUUUUGCAAACUUUAGUAAUAUGUCCAGUUGACUGUGAGAAGAAGUUACCUUUUGUAGACGAUUUAUUUUGUGCUCUCGGUCGAGUUAUGACAUAGCUUAUAUGAAAUACCUGAGCUAGGGAAUCUUAGAAAUGUUGUUGAGACUGAUGGUCAUAGGCUAAGUGUAUGUAAAUAAUAGGAGAAUGUUGUAAACCGCCUUGGCCUAGGUUGAAACACGCGUAUACCGACAUUCUGUGGCAAAACUACCUCUGUUUUACAUUUAUUUUUAUUUUAUUAAUUACACUUACAUAAUGACAAUAGACUAGAUAAAUAUGAUUUUAGUUACGCAAUCAACAUAUCUGUGAUACAAUAGGAAGCAGGCUGUAUAGUUUAUUUUUUCACAUUUGCCACACUGUCGAUAAGGAAAUAUAACGGGAAAAAGUGCGAAAAAAUACGGAAAAGUAGAGGUUCAGCAGUUUUUUACUGUACAGUGAAUGAGGAACGGUUUUAGUUUUGUACAAAGUACAAUUUUGCCCUAGAUACAUAAGUAGUUAGGUAAAAACGUGUUAUUAAAAAAAUUGCAUGUAAGGUUCGAUGCAUGAAUGUGUAAAGCAAAUCCAUCAGUGUCGUCGGCAACAGGCUCGCCUGGGCGGAUGUUACUAUUGAGACCAAAUAAUUAUAUGUUUCAAUGGGAUGGUGUCGAUUUUAACAUUCCGUUAUAUAAAGAUUUUUUCGUCUUAGUGCAUUUAUAUGAAGGCCACUUACUACUUUUAUAUUCCUAGUCAUUUCAAGUGCAACCAGUUGAGAUUUUUUUAAAGAAAAUAAUUAUUUAAAUGAUAAAUGUAGGGGCGUCCGUCGGUGGCAUUGUAUUAUAUUUUGUUGAGUUGCCGCCGGCGGCGCCCGAGUGUAAUACUUCAUAUGUUUACAUUCGGCUGCAAUAAAUAGUUUAGUUACAUAAAGCAGAUGGUACAGUGCCAAAUAUCCUCAAGUUUAAGUUCACAUCGUAUUAUUUAUUUUAUUUUUUGUUAAGUGUGAAUGUAGCGACUGUGUGUAUUAUUCCUGAUAUUUAGGAAUAAGUUGCAUUCAUAUUUAUUAUUAUAUUUAUAUUUUAGGAUACACGUUUUAUUGAAUAUAUUUAUAACGAGAAUGAUUUAUAAAGGCUCAGUGACUUUUUUUUAAAUAUUUAGUUUCUGUUGUUUAGUACCAUUUGUAAGACUGCGUUUUAGUUCUCUUUGGAUGGUUACCUCGUUUUUGUUAUGAAAUACAAAAAAAGUUCUAUUCAUAUAUUAACAAAUUGUAUCUGUGUGUCAUAAUAUAAUGAGAAUAUAUAUUUAUUUGAAAUAGAUAGUAUAAAUGUGCAAGUGGAAUACAUAGAAUUAGUAGUUACAUUUGUUAGCGAAAUAUUUAAAUAGAAAAUUUUAUCCGUUACCGUAGUUCUACCACUUUUCAAUAAUUAAUGUUGUUUGAUAUAUGAAUAGAAUUGAUUUUACUAGUAGUAUCAAUAGACCGAAUAGAAGCUAUAUAUACAGUGGAUAUCAGAAUAUUUUUAUAUCCGAAUAGACAGGCUAUUUUUAAAUCUAUUUGUACACUAUACUAAAUGAUAUUUAUAUUGAAAAUCUCUAUUUCUUAAUAGUAAAGAAUUUCGCCAAAUACAUUAAGAGUAAAUCUGUAUUGAUUUCUGUAUCAUUCAAAGUUGGGUCAUGGAAAGGUAGUAGAAGUGGCAAGAGUUCACAGGCUUCGCUUAUUUUUUAAAUAAAAUUAUGUUAAGAAAAAUGAAAUACAAUAAAAAUAUUAUUUUGAUUUGACUAAUGACAAACGGAUUGACGUAUAAAUUUCUCAGACGGGCAUUGUGAAUGAGCGAGUGUAUAUCUGAUGUGGUUCCGAAAUAAAAAUAAAAAUAUUUUUAUUAAAAUCCAAAAAAAUAUGAAUAAUUGUUUGAGGGAAGGGCCCGGGGGAACAAAUGUCGAUUUUUUGGAAAAUUAUCGCACAGAUGAAUACUUGUUGCUUUAUUUUUUUGUCUGUGACCUCUCUUGGACUUGGUAGGGUGGUGUUGAACCGAUUAGUUUAAGUUGCAUGCUCUGCAGCGCGAAGUGUCACUGUGCCGCAACCUUAUAGGACAAUGAUCUAUAACGUAUUUUUGCUCUGUUGCGUUGAACAUCCACGAACGCAGUGCCUUCAGUAACAUCUAGGUGGAAGCGGUCUAUAGGAGAAUUGGAGUGAACCACAUACUUAUACUUUACGUUGACCGAAUCCUUUGUAACUAUUGUAUAAAAAUUAUUAUCUUUCAUUUAAUUAUCGGCAUUCUUUAUUAAGCGUAUUAUUGUUAAGAACAUGUUCUUUUUUGCUACUUCAAUUGCAAAUUGUUAACAUUUGUGUUUAUUAUUAUUAUUGAUGAGGAAAAAUAUUGUUCUAUUUUUGUCUUUUCGUUUUUAUUUUCUCUUAUGAAUUCAAAAUUCAUAGUUGUGAUUUCUUUUGACAUUUAAUGUUUUUUGUGAUACGUAAAAGAGAAUUGCAUUAAUGCAUCACGUUUUUUUAGCUUUUUUCGUUUAAGUAAAAGGAGGGAUUAUGAGUAUGUGUAUGGACGGUUGCUAAUGUUAGCGGUGGGCACAAGGGGCUCGUUAUUUUGAAAUCAAUAAUUGGAUUUGCUUCUUUCUAAAUUUAUAAGGUACAAAACUUAGAUUACAUUAACAUCACAUGUCAAUUUUGAUUCUGAAACAUGUUUGUGUGGUCCCGGAAUAUUGUUUGUUAUAAUAUUAUUAUAAUUUAAUUUCAAGUGAUUAUUGUACAAAAUUCAGUAUACAUAUGGGAUAUUGGAUAACACGUCUAAAUUAAGUUGUCGCAUUGUUAAAGCUAAUUAGUGGACAGUUUACUAGUGGUCCCUAAAUAGUUGUAAUGUUAUAUUUGAUGUGAUAGGAAAUUUCACAUUUAGUCGGUGUAUUGCAAUCCCUUUUUCAUUGGACUUGGCCGAUCUCCCUCAUUCAUGUGACUGUAGCUCUGGUUAGAAGGUAAUGGUUUAGAGAAGGUGCCUCAUGAGGAUCCCACGGCGUGUGUAUAACACAGAUCACAGCCGUGAGAUCUUUAUGGGCUCAGUAAUAAGGUUGGAUCCAACAAUGCGCCAUACAACAGCUUCAAGCGAGCGAUGCAUAAGAUAUAGUUUUGAGUCAAAUUUGAGUGUAAUAUUGUUAAUUAUAACUUGAGUUGCUUGCUGUGAGGCAUUAUUGCUGGAUCAAAUUUGCAUUUAAGUUUAAGCACAUCAUUUGGUUCCGUUUUGAGUUUUGUAUGUAGGAUUUAUUUUUUAGUUUACUAUUAGUUUUUUUCUCUUUUGUGUACAUAAAGUCGCGAGAUGUCGUGAUGGUAAAGCCAAAGAUUGUUACGGGUAUGGUGACCCUCUGCCGUCACAUGGGCUGUGUAGUGACCUUACAUUCAGGCCUCGGCCUCGGCCCCAUCCAGCGCCGAAUACUUGUACAUAACAAAUCAAGUAUAACUUUGAAUGUAAUUUUCUACAUAGCCUCCUAGUUAUAAUAUGUACGUUUAUCUACCUCGAGGAUGUAAUUUAGUUCGUAAGUAAGCUUUUAAGUAGAUUUUUUAUAUGAUGGAAAAUAUAAGAUGUUAGAUUUUAAGAGUUAUGUCGAAAAUUAAAAAAAAAACGUAAUAAUAAUAAAAUUUAAAGUACAAAUAUACUACCUCGGGAUUCAACUAUAGUCAUUGUCAAAUUCUAUAACUCCCACAGAUGUAUUUUAUGAUAUAUAAAUUAAUGUUAUAAAUCUUGUCACUAUAUUUCUAAAUAAUUGUUCUUGAUAAAUGCUGGUUAAAUACAUUUUUGGAAUUUAUGAAAAUAGUUUUAAAAAUGUAAAUAAGGAUGGAAUUCAGUUGGAAUGCUAUCGAUGAUAAUAUGUACGCGUUUAUUUGAAUCUCUGCAAGGUAGUCAGUGCUCUCAACUCAGUGUCAUGCUCAAACGAGGAUUAUACAUCGAGUGAGUGUCAGCGACUCUGCGAGCUCGGGACGAGCUGGGUUGACGGUCUAAGUUAGUGUGUAAGUGUUAAUUAGGCUAGUUGUAAUAAUCUCAUUGAUGUACCUCAUUUGUAAGCACAACACUUGCGGGGGAUCGGUCACACGUCAAUACCAACGUAAUCUAAUUGUACCUUCCUUCACUCUCCGGAGUAUAAAUUUUUAUUCGUAAUUUUUAUUAUUAUUAAUUUUCCCAGUUACUUUUUUUGUGUUUCAUAGAUGUUACUAUGUUUUAAGGAGACGAAAGAAUAAAAAUGGAGAAAUUAUUGUUUGUUAGGUUUCUGCGAAUUAAAAAAAUGUAACAAAAUUAUUAUUUUGUUUUUUAUUUUUUGUUGGUUUAUGUUUUUUAUUUCCUUUAUUUUAAUAUUGUUUUCCAGUUUGUUUCACUUCGACAAGUUACACCCGUCCAUCGUGUUUAAUGUUUAUUAUACUAUAUUUAAGUACAUUAUUUAAGGAAUUGACAUUUAAGUACCUAAUAUUCAUAAAUAGUUGCACUUAACUGGACAGGAAAUAUUUAAGUACUCAUUGGAUGUUUUUAUAUUUUAAGGGUGCACUAUAUUGAUCACGGGUGUACCUCGGGAUCUCUACGAAUUUGGUAAAGAAAAAAAAAUGUUCUUUCGCAUUAAAAUAUAAUGUAAGUUGUAAAAUUAUGCUCACUCCCUCACUAGGAUAAAAUCACUUCUCGGACUGAAAGGAAAGGUGAUUGAACUCUAACGCGAUGCUAGGUUUGAGGAAACGAUGUCGAUCAUCCAGUAAUUAUAUUCCAUUUAAUUCACUUUUCAUAAUAUUCUGGCUCUAAUAUAUUGUCAUCUUGCAUUCAGAUUAAUUUUGAUGUUUCAAAUAAAAUGAUUAUAGUCAUUCAUGACUGUAAAUAGAGCAUUAUAUUUCAUAAUUAUGUAUUUAACUUUUUCAUCUCGUUAAGUUGAAUGAGGUCAAUCUCGGUGUCACUUAUAACUAUGUUCUCGGUGUCAUCUUUGUGUAAG